AUGAAGAACGCAGAGUUCCGACCAAAGCUGAACCCGGCUGAUAAGCCCUUCGAGUUCCCCUCAAAAAGCGGGAGGUCUUUUAUGCUCAAGGAUUGUUUCAAACCUCAAUUCACCAUUGCCAUUGGAUCAUUCAUCCAAGCAGCUCUUUGUGCCAUUCUUCCUUUCCGUUGGGCAAUCGUGCCGUCAGCAGCCGUUCUACUCAACUCUAUCAUCACCACUCUCAUACAAGUACGCAGUACAAAGCCCAGCGAGUAUAAUGAAGCCAUCAUACCUGGCCGAGUAACCGCACAACUUCCGUUCUCUUCCGGGACAUUUGGCUCCAAGCCCGCAGCGAAUUCUGUUGUGGUCUUCCAUCUCGGCUUCCAGAUAAAUCAUCCUCUCGGUCUCGCCGCACCAGGCAUGAGAGAAAUAGGAGAGAACUUCACAGCGAUCUUGAAGGAUCUAGAGUCAAAUCGAGAAGAAUACGGACUACUCACAAGUUCGAGCUGGCGAGGCGAUGAGCGCAGUAGUAACAACACACUUCUCAACAUUUAUUACUUCCGUGACAUGGAAGGUCUGCAACGCUUCGCCCAUGGAGAUAUCCACCGAAAGGUGUGGGACUAUAUGAACAAGACGAAGCCAAAGCACAUUGGGAUCUUCCACGAGACGUAUUCUGUUCCUGCGCGGGCAUACGAGAACAUCUACGUCAACUGCCACCCUGUGAUGAUGGGUCGUGCAUCAGUGAAGACGACGCCAGCGGGUGAAGAGGAUGAGAGGUGGACGAAUGCACUAGUCAGCGCUGAUGUGCCUGCGAUGAAGACACAAUAUGCGAGAAUGUCGAGGGAUGAACAGGGGAGUCUGAAGGAGACGUGA